UCCAACAUUCCAUUCUUUAGGUAUUAUGUUGCAAUUUGCUCGACAAUUCUGUGAUGUCAAUGCUGUUGUGUUUUAUCUUGAUUACGUAUUACAGUUUGCAGGAAUGAAUGAUUCUCACAGUGUUGAUAUGAGUCUAACAAAUGGCUUCGCCGCUAUUGUAUUCAGAAUAGAUUGGGAGGGAGAUUUCUUCUACUGGCCACCAUGCCAUUUGUCUUUUUCAUGUUGUGGUUGUGUGGAUUCUCCUCCUUUGGAGGUUGCAAGACCUGGUCCCCUGUUACUUGGAUUAUAGUGGCAGAAAUCUAUCACUGGUAUGUCCUGUUUCUGGCCUCACUUUGAGUUCCUUCUUUUGUUAUUCGUUCAAUUUGACAGUUUCGUUUUCUUGCCCAAUGAUAUUCAAGUCUAUGUAUGCCCAAGAUGCUUUUAGUUUCUUUACAGACUGUACGUUAUUGUCAACUACGUUCAUUUAUCUAUUUGUUUCUGAGAUCAAAGGUUUACAACUCGAUUCUAUUGAAAGGCUUUUCGAACAAUCCUCUUAUACCAUAGUAAAAGGAAAUGUAAAGAAUAUCAACGAAUAUAUGAAAAAUGGAAUUUCUUUUUUUUGAAGCAUCUUUAUAAGCAAAAGUGUAAUAAUUGCUCCGAGGAAUCAUCGAAAACAGAAACAAAGGUAGGAUGAAUAUCCUGUGAUGAUCCGUUGUCAUUGGAUGCAAAAAAGGCUAUAGCCUAGGAUAGUAUAAUCCAAGUAUAUUGCUAUUUAGGGAUAUGCACGGAAAAUGUAUACGGAGAGAGUAAGUUGAUAAACAGUGAUAAAUGAGUAACAUUGUGA